AUGUCUGAUAAGAUAGUAGAAAAAGACGCCUCGACAGCUGCGCCUUCCUAUGAUGCGGCAGCCGUACAACACGGUGCAUUACCUACACGAAAUGGAUCCGUAGAGCGCAGAGGCACCUUGCAACGCGGCCCCUUUUUCCUCGAUAUACCCGUUUUAAACCAAUUGAGAGGCAAGAGAUGCAUACUGGCAUCACAGAGUCCACGGCGAAAACAGAUACUCGCACCGCUUGGGUUAAAUUUCGAAGUCACUCCUUCAAAAAAGCCAGAAAACCUUUCCAAAGAAGACUUAGGACCUCUCCAAUAUGUCUUGAAAACGGCAGAACAGAAGUGCUUGGAUGUGUACGAAUUGGCGCUGGAAAAUUCUAUGAAGUCGAUACCGGAUCCUUCACUUGUCAUAUCGGCGGACACCAUUAUAGUUACCAACUCUGGUCGGAUACUUGAGAAGCCUCGUAGUCAAGCAGAUCAUAUUGCGAUGUUGAAGAUGCUUAGAGAUCAAAAGUCACACAAGGUCAAUACGGCCGUUGUAGUAUUAGCCCCGAGAGAGGAUGCCAGAGAUCCAGGAUACAACUUCGAGACAUCGGUGGAGGAGACGAAAGUGUUCUUUGACGAAAGUGUCAGCGAUGAGUUGAUCGAGGCGUAUGUUAGGACAAGGGAAGGAGUAGACAAAGCUGGGGGCUACGGAUUGCAGGGCAUGGGAAGCCUAUUGGUAGAGAAGAUCGAGGGGAGCUCAGAUAACGUUGUGGGAUUACCUCUAAGGGUCACUCUAGGCUUGAUUGAGAAAGCGGUCUUGAACACAGGCGACGAGGAGGACGAAGCCGGAGAUGCGGAUGAUGAAUAG